GUGUCCCCAUUUCCGUAUUGACGUCACCACCUCGCUUUGACAGGAAUGCCCCGGUCUAUUUAUAGUAACCAACUACUAAGACUUACAUCAGAGCCACUAGUAAACAAAGGCUGAUGUCUAGACUGGGAGUUGUUGUGUUUGGGGCGGGUAUAGCAGGAAAAGUGAGGAUACGUGACAUUGGAGCAGUGGACUUUCCAGAAAGAACAUGGACUCUUGCAGGAUUUGUCUCACGACGCGAUAUUGAGAUAGAAGGUGCAUGCAGACUUACAGAAGAGGAGGCAUUUUCAAGAGCUGACAUAAAUGCAGUUGUUGUUUGUACUGAGAAUAAUUCACAUGAACGGAUUAUCAGAAAUGCUCUAAAGCACGGCAAGCAUGUAUUGGUGGAAUAUCCAGUGGCAACAAAUGCCCUGGCAACUAGAGAAUUGUUUGAACUAGCUGAACAGAAAGGUGUUAUACUACACGAGGAAAAUAUUGCGUUGUUGACCACAGGCUUUCAGUCAAUGAGAGAUAAACUUGCGGCUGUCUCACAGCCCAUUGUGAAGGGAGAAAUAAAGUUGAAUGGCAGUUACAACGGUUGGGUAGAAGAUUUUAUGAAGUCAGGGGGCCCAUUCUGUGUUAAUGUCACUCUGAUCCAGAGUGUGUAUGAGUUGCUAGGCAAAACCCGUCUCCAGGCAACCGGGGGGCAACUGGAUGUCAGUGAUGAAGAGUUCACAGCCACAGCCGAGUUAUCAUGUGAUAUAUGCAGAGAUCUCACUUUGACCGUACGUCGCACAAAACAAAGGUCCCCCCGAGAGAAGGUGAUGAGAUUUACCCUAGCUGAUGGGACCGUGAUCGAAGAGACCCCAGAGAAACCUGCAUCAACUCCCCAGGGAGGAGCUGGUCCCAAAAAACCAGGUCUGUUUAUGGAAGAUUUCCUGCAAUUUGUUGGCAAAGUUCAGGGAACUAUUGACCCGUCAGCAGAUAUGGCGCGCACGUUACACUGCAUUCAAGUGGCAGCCGACAUCCACGGGCUCAUGGGGCUGGCAGUGGAACGUUCUUCAAUUUGAUCUUGGUCCAAUUGGUGUAGAGUUAUAUGGUGCUGGUUACAAAAUACAUAAUAUAAAGUC